CUCCACUCCCUCCGCCUUGCUCCCUCCGCCCUCCUAGGGCUCUGGCGGCCGCGGAGUGAACGGGACGGGCCCGGCCGCAGAGCGCGGGGCGGCGGCUGGGACGCGGGCGCCCGGCCGAGUUGUUCCGGCCCUGUCGGCGGAGACGUGAGGAGGCUUCUGUUCGUGACCGCGUCUCGCCCUCGCGCUCCCCCUGCCUCCGCCCGGCACUUUGCUCCGCUCCUGCUGUGGAUGCUUGUGGUUUUUGCAGUUUGGGAUGGGCUGCGUCCUGGGCAGAUCUCUACCUGCAAGGAACGCCCCGCUUCGGAGUUGACCGCCUGGCCCCGAGAAUCCUCUGUCCAGGUGGAUGUGGAAAGAGAAGUCUGUAGAAUUGAAAUGGAGGUCAGAGCUUCAUUACAGAAGGUUAGUGGGUCAUCGGAUUCUGUGGCUACACUGAACAGUGAAGAGUUUGUUUUGGUUCCUCAGCAUGCAGAUGAUACUUCUGCAAAAGAUGAUGAAAAACCUGAACUGAAGGUAGUUUCUAAUGGUGAUGAACAAUUGGAGAAAGCCAUGGAAGAGAUUCUGAGAGAUUCUGAGAAAGGGCAAAGCAGUCAUCUUGUUGAUUGUCAAAGUUCCAGUGAGAUUUCAGACCAUUCAUUUGGAGAUGUUUCAACCAGUCAAACAAAUAAGCCAUCGCUUCAAUUAAUUUUGGAUCCCUCAAAUACAGAAAUUUCUACACCCAGACCAUCUUCUCCAAGUGGAUUACCUGAGGAAGAUAGUGUUUUAUUUAACAAACUGACCUACUUAGGAUGUAUGAAGGUUUCUUCCCCACGUAAUGAAGUGGAGGCUUUACGGGCAAUGGCAACUAUGAAAUCUUCCAGUCAUCACCCCUUUCCUGUUACUCUGUAUGUACCUAAUGUUCCAGAAGGUUCUGUGAGAAUUAUAGACCAAUCCAACAAUGUGGAGUUAGCUUCUUUUCCGAUCUAUAAGGUGUUAUUCUGUGCACGUGGACAUGAUGGGACAACAGAGAGCAAUUGCUUUGCAUUUACAGAGAGUUCCCAUGGUUCAGAAGAAUUUCAGAUACAUGUUUUCUCCUGUGAAAUUAAAGAGGCUGUAAGCAGAAUUUUAUAUAGUUUCUGUACAGCAUUCAAACGUUCUUCCAGGCAAGUGUCUGAUGUUAAAGACUCAGUUAUUCCUACCCCUGACAGUGACGUGUUUACCUUCAGUGUCUCCUUGGAGGUAAAAGAAGAUGAUGGAAAAGGAAACUUUAGUCCUGUGCCUAAGGAUAGAGAUAAAUUUUAUUUCAAAUUAAAACAAGGAAUAGAGAAGAAGGUUGUGAUUACAGUGCAGCAACUUUCUAACAAAGAAUUAGCUAUUGAAAGAUGUUUUGGAAUGUUAUUAAGCCCAGGUCGAAACGUGAAGAACAGUGACAUGCAUUUACUGGAUAUGGAAUCCAUGGGAAAGAGCUAUGAUGGGAGAGCUUAUGUUAUUACUGGCAUGUGGAACCCCAAUGCACCAAUAUUUCUGGCACUUAAUGAAGAAACCCCAAAAGAUAAACGAGUAUACAUGACUGUGGCAGUGGAUAUGGUAGUCACAGAGGUGGUGGAGCCUGUGCGCUUUCUCCUGGAAACAGUAGUACGUGUGUAUCCUGCAAAUGAGCGAUUUUGGUAUUUCAGUAGAAAGACUUUCACAGAGACUUUCUUCAUGAGAUUGAAACAGUCUGAGGGAAAAGGUCACGCCAAUGCUGGAGAUGCAAUAUAUGAGGUAGUAAGUCUUCAGCGACAAUCUGAGAAGGAGGAACCAGUCACUCCCACUAGUGGAGGGGGUCCAAUGUCACCACAGGAGGAUGAAGCAGAAGAGGAGAGUGAUAAUGAACUUUCAAGUGGAACAGGCGAUGUGUCUAAGGAUUGUCCUGAGAAGAUCCUAUAUUCUUGGGGAGAAUUGCUAGGAAGAUGGCACAGUAACCUUGGUGCACGACCAAAGGGGCUGUCCACUCUAGUGAAGAGUGGAGUCCCUGAAGCACUGAGGGCAGAGGUAUGGCAGUUAUUAGCAGGUUGCCAUGACAACCAGGCAAUGCUGGAUAGAUAUCGCCUUCUUAUCACAAAGGACUCAGCCCAGGAGAGUGUCAUCACUCGAGAUAUUCAUCGUACAUUUCCUGCACAUGAUUACUUUAAAGAUACUGGAGGAGAUGGCCAGGAAUCACUCUACAAGAUCUGCAAGGCCUACUCCGUCUACGACGAAGACAUUGGGUACUGUCAAGGACAGUCCUUUCUUGCUGCUGUAUUGCUGCUGCAUAUGCCAGAGGAACAAGCAUUCUGUGUUUUGGUGAAAAUCAUGUAUGACUAUGGUUUACGAGAUCUCUACAAAAACAACUUUGAAGAUCUUCAUUGCAAGUUCUAUCAGUUGGAAAAACUAAUACAGGAGCAGUUACCGGACCUGCACCACCAUUUUUGUGUUCUGAACCUGGAAGUUCAUAUGUAUGCCUCCCAGUGGUUCCUCACUCUUUUUACAGCCAAAUUCCCACUCUGCAUGGUCUUCCACAUCAUCGACUUACUGCUUUGUGAGGGUUUGAAUAUAAUCUUUCAUGUAGCCUUGGCUCUCCUAAAGACCUCAAAGGAAGAUCUUCUGCAGGCUGAUUUUGAAGGUGCUUUAAAGUUUUUCAGAGUUCAGCUUCCAAAGAGAUACAGGGCGGAGGAAAAUGCCAGAAGAUUGAUGGAGCAGGCUUGCAAUAUUAAGGUACCAACCAAGAAACUGAAGAAAUAUGAGAAAGAAUACCAGACAAUGCGAGAGAGUCAGCUGCAGCAGGAAGACCCAAUGGAUAGAUACAAGAGGGAGAACCGGAGACUCCAGGAAGCCAGCAUGAGGCUGGAACAAGAGAAUGAUGACCUCGCCCAUGAACUAGUCACCAGCAAAAUUGCUCUGCGAAAUGACUUGGAUCAGGCGGAAGACAAGGCAGAUGUGCUGAAUAAGGAGCUCCUCUUGACCAAACAGAGGCUGGUGGAAACCGAAGAGGAGAAGAGGAAACAGGAGGAAGAGACUGCCCAGCUAAAAGAAGUCUUCCGGAAACAGCUGGAGAAGGCAGAGUACGAGAUCAAGAAGACCACAGCUAUCAUUGCUGAGUAUAAGCAGAUCUGUUCCCAAUUAAGUACCAGACUGGAGACGCAGCAAGCAGCCAGCAAGGAGGAGCUGGAAGUGGUAAAGGGUAAAAUGAUGGCUUGUAAACACUGCAGCGACAUUUUCAGCAAAGAGGGCACUCUGAAGCUCGCAGCCGUAAGCAGGGAGGAGCAGGGGCUGGAACUGGAUGAUGAGAAGGAUUCCCUGAAGAAGCAGCUGAGGGAGAUGGAGCUGGAGUUGGCACAAACCAAACUGCAGCUGGUGGAGGCCAAGUGCAAAAUCCAGGAACUUGAACACCAGAGAGGAGCCCUUAUGAAUGAAAUCCAAGCUGCAAAAAACUCUUGGUUUAGCAAAACCCUGAACUCUAUCAAAACGGCCACAGGCACCCAGCCACUGCAGCCACCGCCGGCCACCCAGCCACCCAAGGAGAGCACAUAGUUCCAGCCUCACCCAAGCACAAGAGCACAACGAUCAAAGUGACAGACACCCAGGAGGAGUCUCCCAGUAUCCCUUUACUGGAAAGUAAAGGAGGCCAGAAAGCAAGCCAGGAUCUCUCAGUAGCCCUCACUCUUUCUUGUUUGACACUUUGCAAAGGGAUGUUAUUUAAACUGACCUGAGUUUUAUUGAAUACCUGCUUUCGAACCUCUUCAUGGAAGGCCAUGUUCAGUUCCAUCAUAGUAUUACACACUAUUUUAUAUGCCUGAUGUUUAGUUGGAAAUAAGUAAUUCAGAACUAAAUGAUUUUUAUUUAGAACUAAUUAUUAAUAAUUACUUUCAUCUUACAUAAAAAUGGAGAUGUCUUUUAUUCCAAGGUUAAAGUGAAAAGAUGAUAUUUGUCACAGAAAAAGAAAAGAAAGAAAGAGAAAGAAGAAAGAAAGAAAGAAAGAAAGAAAGAAAGAAAGAAAGAAAGAAAGAAAGAAAGAAAGAAAGAAAUUAAAAUCUAAACGUCUUAACGUUUCAGGAUUUAUUCAGAUUAAAGCACACUGUGGGGCCGUUCAUGACAACUGUGAGGUUUCUCUCUGAAAGUGACUCCCUGGAAAACGAUUAUCCUGUCCAAAGAAUAAACCGGGGAUUGAACAGUCCCCAAAAAGAAUUAAUUUCUUUUCAUUUUCUGUUGGGUAUAUCUGGAAAUGAAGUGCCAAGAACCAUGGAAUAAGAUAGACUAUUGAAAAAACACACUAGAUGAAAGGAACUGAGAUUUUGAUAAACGCAGGAUAAGAGAAAUCAUUUGGCCCUAGUAUCCUAACAGGUCUUUUUGAGAAACUCUACACAGGAAUUGCAGAUUCCUAAGUAUGAACACAGUUACGACUUCCAGCAAGCGCUAAGUCAGAAGUGCUAUUGCGAGCUGUAGCAUUAGGGAACCUUUACCAGAGAAGCCUAGAAAGGCCCAGUUUGGCCACCGUGCUUCAUAUGAAAUAGAGAACCAGGGACAGAGUAUUUCAUUUAAUGUUGACAUAGAUUUGCUAAGGAAACACUAAUAUACUAUACCUUUUCAAAGUUCUGGAAUGGGGAAUAAAGGUCAGCUUCACAUCAUCUUAGUUUACUGUUAGAUAACUUUUACUGAUGUCUGUAUCUCCCUAAAAAAUGUGUCCUUGGCACCCCAGAUAAAGAGAUGCAAAUGUAUUGGUAACAUUUUUGAUUGAAUAUAAAAUCUUUAUAGAAAUGCAUAUCUCAUGGAACGUUAAAGCUAUUGUUUAAAAGUUGGUGGAAAUAGUUUUUUUCAAUUAUAUUUAACAGGUCUAUUUAAAUAGUCCUUGCUGGAAAUCCUUUGGUAACAGCAAAACUAAUUUUCCCAUUUUCUAAGCUCAUUCAGAGGCUUUGGCCCUUUUACGCCAACCAAACUACUGUUGGCUAUGUAUAAUAACACUUAUUGAUACUCAUCCUUGGCUUCAUUGUUGAACAUACUCUUGCAACAAAUCUUAAACUCUUGUAGCGCCAGAGUGAUUUUCAUCUGUGCCAUAUGUUGCAAUUAAAAGCAAUACGUUCUUGGAAGUAAAAAUUAAAUAAGAACUAUCUCAACUCCAGGAGCAUGUGUUAAGUUGCUCAUGGUAGAUCCUUUCCUCCAAAAUGAUCAUUAAACUCUAAAAAGUUAAGUCCCUAUCAUUGAGUUAUUAUAUCCUUUACAACCCAUAAAACUAAUAUGGAUGGUAGCCUUUGUUACACUCAUCAAAUAAUACUUUUCUUACAGAAUUCUUUGUGUUUUGUCCUCCCAUUUACCAUUAUAAUAUUCAUUUCCUUGUACCCAAAAGGAAAAAAAAUCCAGCAUUCUGAGUGUCUAUGUUGACUUUGAUAGUCCCUAUUUGGUGAUUUAGAAAAGGUUUUGUUUUUUGUUUUUUGUUUUUUGUUUUUUUAAUAUAAUGGCUGGAAAAUUGCAUCUUGGUACUUGUUUCUGUAAAUCAUUUAGUAUAAUUUUUUAGCUUUGCUGGUACUUUAUGCUUUGAUUCCAAGAAGCCUUGUACAAGUUGCCUUAUCCAAUGGCCAGCUAAAUUAAAGAUGUUGUUUUCUGUUUUGUGAAUCUUAUAGUUUUACUGUACAGAGCUCUUUUUAACUUCCAAAAAUCAGCACAUUCCACAGAAUGCCUAAAGUGCAUAAUUUUCCUUACAUGGUAGUUGAGGGAGAAAUAGUAUGGCUGUAGGUUCAGUCCUCACCUAUACACCUGGCUCAGUUCCAGAGCCCCUUAUAUUUUUUUUUCUUUAAAUAAAAUCACCAGGUACAUACAUUCCAAAUGUGUAAUCUGUCUUUUGCAUUUUCUCUUAACUCUUUCAAACGAUUUUAAUGGCAACCUAUAGAUUUUUCCUUCUUCUUCAGUUCCAUAUCAUACUUAUUAGGUAUGCGUAUUGGUACCAUAAGUCUAAACUGUUCCUCACUGCAGGGUCUUUGGGUCAGUUGCAAUAUUAGAAAGAAAAUUCAAAAUUUGGUAUAUGAUAAUGAUUAUUCAUUAUGUUAGCAUUGCCCCAAACCACAUAUCCUUCCCCAAAAAAUACUGAAUGUAUUUUUUGAAAACUCAUGCAUCCUAGUAUUAAGUAAUUGUUACCUUUAAUUUCACUUAUUUUGAAAAUUGGUACUCUUCUCUUGAAUUUCUUUUAGAAAAACAUCAACCAGCCCAGAUAGCUAGGAAAUUUCCAAGUAUUCUAGAGUGUUCUUCAUCUUUUCCUAGGAUAUGCUGUAUAAAACAUUCCUCCAAAAAUCCAAGACUUGUAGCAUUCUAAAAAGUGAUGAUUUCUCUUCUCAUUAAAUUCUGCUGAAUAAGUUAAGGGAAUGCAUUUCAAUUUGGUAAUUUAGUUCAUUAGCUUUUAUAUCUUGAGAUUCUUGUUUAACACUUUCUUUAAAGCUGAAAAAAACCCAGCUGAAUUUUGCAGUGCAUAUGUUUGCUAUCUUCACAUCCUGAGCCAUGGUGCAAUUUGAUUAUAUUUAGUUACAUAUAAUUUAAUGCAAAGAAAUUCUCAGUUCCCUAAUGCUCUGUGUAUGAGUGCCUAAUAGAAACACUAAUAGGAAUGUCAUAUAGGCCUCUGGCCUCUCUUUCCAUACAACCACUCUCUGUCUCUUUCUCUUUACCUUUCCAGCUAUUAAAUUCAUAAUUUCUUCAUUGGCUUUUCUUAAAUUUCCAAAGUACAAAAGCAAUCUUUGUACUGAUGUUGGGAUAAUGAAGACUUGUUUCUUUUUUUUUCAAAAUUUCAUUCUUUUAUACCGUGUUUUAAGAUUUUUCUCAACCCCCUACUCCAUUUUUAAAAAAUAUUUUCCAAUUAAUAACUAGUGGCUUUAUUUCCCAGUGAAAGUGAGAAAAACAAGAGAAUGCACAGUUCAGGGCAUGAGAUGAGAGAUCCUUAAAGGAGCUGAUCAGUUACUGAGGAGGAAGCCCGCACUAACGUAAGGGAUUGAGUUUUCUUUACCUGCAAUCAGCCCGCUAACUAUUCUAAGGCGGUUGUCUGAUUUCAGGAUCCUUUGAAGGGAAAAGGAGCUUUUAAAAAAUUAAAUACCUUAUUUGUUUUCUCUCUCUGGGAAUGAACACUUUUAAUUACUUAGCAAGAGGAUUCAGUUGUAUAACUUACUCUUUAAAAAAGAGCCACUCUUAAAUAGCUCUGAUUUUCUUGCUUCAAUUACAAAUAGAUGAGAGAAUGGACAAACGCUGUUGUUUGAUGUGAACACUUCGAUUUGUACGUGUGUGUGACUGAUAGAAUUUUACGAAGAGGAUCAUUGCCUCUUUUGUACAGCCAGGUACCAUGUGACUAAAUACACACAUGGCAAUCAACUACAGAAGGCCAAACGAGUUCAGUGGCCUGUGUGUCCUACAACCAGAUAUAAAACUGUCUUUCCCUCUGGUUGCCAUGCUCAUGUCACACUGAACUCGAAUUGCUCUAGAACAUCCUUCCUCUCUUACAGUGACUUCCAUGUAACACAGGUAAAGCCCUUUAUCUUAGGAAUUUCCUUAUCUUUCCAAAGUUUUCAAAAUGAAUCCUUCUAUUUGAGAGGAUGUUCAUGAGUUUGUAAUGAGGAAAGUGGAUGUUUACAAGUGGCUUAGUGACUACAGUCAGCUGUCAGAUGUUACCUUCCUGGCUUCCAUCUAAAAGGCUACAUGUCAAGCAUAUCCCCAAAUGAAUUUGUUACCUGUUACAAAAACAUCUUCAUCAACAUGUCUCAUUCUCCCCACCUCAAUCCUUGGUUUAUCAUAGUAGUAUUCUGAAAACUUUAAAAAAAAAAAUCAUUGAGUAGAAAAUAAACAUUUUAAGUUACUUUCCUUUUUCACUGGCAAUAAGUUAACACGUAAAAUUUUUUCCAUUAAAAUGUAACUUUUAAUAACUAUAUAUUAUAUAUGGAAUAAAAUAUAGGAGACUUAAUUAUAAGUAUAUAAAUGCAUCAAGACUCUGGUGUCAUGAAAGCACAAGAAUAAAGCUGGAGAUGGUCCCAGAAUCCAAGAUGACCCAAUAGCAUUUUGCAUCAAUUUCUCCCAUUUUUGGUAUUUUGCAUAAUGUAUGGAUCCUCAGUUCAAAUGAAGGAAAAUGUCUUAAUCAGCAUCAUUCCUACCUUUCCCUUGCUUAGGAGGUAGUAGGAAGUCUGUACUGUUUAUUUUUAUGAAUUCUAUGAUUUUGUCCAUGACCUCUCUAAUGAAAACAGGUUCUAGAAUAAAGGAGUUGAUUGGCCCAAAUAGUGCUAACUGAAGAGAGAAACAUGAGGGAGCAGCCUCUGUAAACACUGACCAAUUAGAUGUUUCCAUAAUUCCAUGUAUUAUGUAUAGUACAUGCUAUUGGUGUAAAUGUAAUGCUUGUUAAGAAAAGUGCAAUUUAUUGUACAUUGUCCCAACAAAUGUUUACUUUUAUAACAGUUAUGAACUUGGAUUAGUAUCUUGUUUUCCUGUGUGAAUGAAGCCUUGUGAAAUAAACAAAUUCAAGCAAGAAGGUAA